GAUAAUACGCUGUAAAGUGUAAAUAAUAAAUAGUAAAUUCAAAAUCGUAAGUCUUGUAUGUAAUGCUGCGUUAUAGGUGCUGUCGCUUGUUACGUACAUUUUAAACUUGUUCCUACGAUCCUUCGAAUUUCGAUUCACGGUAAGCUGAACAACUUCUGGUUGACUCGAGUGACGACGACUCGUCGCUAUUACCACUGAUAUUGGAAAUUGCAAUGCACCUUUGGUAUUAAUGCGCAUCUAUGCCAAGUUCAUUAUAGCUAUAACGAUAUUCACGAUACUAGUGAUUCUGUACUCCAACCCAAAGACUGCGAUUAAUAUAAAAUCGAAAAUAUUGUCUUCGAGCCGUGUGGCGACCGCACCGCCGGAUAACAAGACCGAGUCGAAGGUUAGCAUAUGGAUAUCGGUGACAAAAAUCGAUCGCGGCCACUUGUUGACAAAGUUUCGUAAGUUCUUCAAGUCUCUAAUCAGUCAUCGUGGCAAGUGCCGUGCCAUUUUUGAAUUAAAUGUAAUAACAGACAAUGCCAGCCGUCCGACAGUGGAUAGUGUAAUAUACGAAUUUAGCAAACAGUACAAAGAGACACUGCUGACGCUAGUUCAUUAUGAUUUUCAAGAUGUGCUGAAAAUAGUCGAGAGUAAAAUCGAACCAUUGAAACGAUUCUUUCAAUCGUCAAAAGGAUCUUACUACAGCGAUGAUGUUUUCUACCUAUCACCAGCACUUCAUCUAGUUGCCCCUAAUUCUUUGGAUAAAGCUAUUGUGGUUGAUGUUGACACAGCAUUUCAAUCCACCAUUUGUGACCUUUACAAUGUGUUUGACAAUUUUACCAACACACAACUAUUUGGUUUGGCCCCAGAACUUUCCCCUGUCUACCAUCAUAUUCUGUGGAAAUGGAGAAACUAUAGAGGUGAUAAGUACAACACUCAGCCACAAACAAAUUUAAAUGGCCUGAACAGUGGCGUUUUAUUGUCAUAUUUGGAGCGAAUAAGAAAAAGCGCUGAAUAUAAUAGACUUAUCAGUCCUGAAUGGAUUUCUAGUGUUGUUCAAAAGUAUCUAUUCAAAGGACAUUUGGGCGAUCAAGACUGGUACACUCUGGUAAGUUAUGAACACCCAGAGUUAAUUUACCGUUUAUCAUGUGGAUGGAAUCGGCAACUAUGCACAUGGUGGAAGCUACACGGUUAUGCAGAUACAUUUGAUUCAUUUGCAAGGUGUACAGAGAAAGUGCAUUUAUAUCAUGGAAAUUGUGAUACACCUAUUCCACCAAAAUAAAAUGUAUCCCGAUCAAAAAAAGUCUAAUGCCGGGUUGCAUGAAAAAUUAUUGGUUUAAUGGUUAAAUAGAAUUUAAUGGACCAAUCAUGUGCUACCAAAUCAUGUUUAAGGGACUAUCAGAUCACUAUUAAUUCGUUAAAUGUUAAGUGAUUGUUCAUGCAAUUCGGCAAUACUUAAUAUUUGCAAUAAUGCCGUCAAAUUACUUAUUUUUGUACAAAUUUGAAUUGUUAUACCUACCUACACAAAAUGUUGACUUUAUAUUUUACUUGAGUUGUUUUAGUAUAAUGUUAUUGGUUUAAGUUUUAAAUAAAAAUAUAUUUAUUAAUUAUUA